CUGCAGCCGUAGGAGGGGCCAGUUGCAGCCCGUCCCUGGCUCUGGCCCUGAAGCAGGAAGAUCUGGGCCCAGGAGCCAGGGAUUAUGGAACCAUACACCAUGCUCUUCCUGUAGACACCCCAGCAGAACCCUGAUAUCCUGGUUUUAAAACAUCUGCAACAAAGGGCACAGUACUUUUCUAUUAGUAAAGCAGAUACUGCAUCCUGCUCUGAGGACCAAUACAAUGGCUUUACUCUCACUGGUGGUGUUUCUGGCUGCUGUCCUGCUUCCAUCUUUACCUGCAGAACGUAAGGAUCCAGCCUUUUCUGCUUUGUUAACCACUCAAACAAAUAUCCAAAAAGAGAUUGUAAAUAAACACAAUGAAUUAAGGAAAUCAGUCUCUCCAUCUGCCAGCAACAUGCUAAGGAUGGAAUGGGAUAGAGAAGCAACAGCAAAUGCCCAGAAGUGGGCAAACAAGUGCACUUUACAACACAGUGAUCCAGAGGACCGAAAAACCAAUACGAAAUGCGGUGAGAAUCUCUAUAUGUCAAGUGACCCUAAUGAGUGGUCAAGUGCAGUCCAAAGUUGGUAUGAAGAGAGACACGAUUUUGUUUAUGGUGCAGGACCAAAGUCUCCCGGUGCAGUGGUUGGACAUUAUACCCAGCUUGUUUGGUACUCAUCUUACCGUCUUGGAUGUGGAGUUGCUUAUUGUCCUAAUCAAGAGAAUCUAAAAUACUUCUACGUUUGCCACUAUUGUCCUGCUGGCAAUAAUGUGAGUAAAAAGAAUACCCCUUACCAACAAGGAGAACCCUGUGCCAGUUGCCCCAAUAACUGUAACAAUGGACUAUGCACCAAUAGUUGUGAGUACGAAGAUCUCCUUAGUAACUGUGGUUCCUUGAAGACAACAGCGGGCUGUGGGCAUGAAUUGCUCAAGGAAAAGUGCAAGGCUACUUGUUUAUGUGAAAACAAAAUUUACUGACAUGUUCAACGUGCAAUGCUCAAGAUUAAGUGGAAAAGGGCUGCAUUACUUAGACCUAGUGGAGAAGGGUGCAUCAUUCAAUUGACACUUCCCAGAGGGGAAAUGGUAAGCAGGUUAGUUACAAAUUUGAUUCCAAACAGUAAUGCAUCUUUUUCUCUAGGCUCUUCACAGAAAUCUCUCUCAUACAUCGAUUUACAAAAGCAACAUGAUGCCAACUUUGGACUUUGAGAUACAUUUGGUACUUUAAAGUUAACAAAUUAAAUCAAAUUGAGGAUGUUUAAAGUGGUAAC